GCGGGGCGGCGGCGCGCGCCGAGCGGGUUGAAUGUCUAGGCUACGGGUGCUCCUGGGGCUUGGGCUGCUGGUGUCUGCCUCGCGGCUGGGACGCGUGCGAGGCCAGGCAGGCGUUUGCCGAGCAGGUCUGUGGUGGGGGGCGAGGCGACUGAGCUCUGCCGGCCGUGGGAACUCCGAAGUCAUGGCGGGCACGGCGGUGAAAUACCUGAGCCAGGAGGAGGCGCAGGCCGUGGACCAGGAGCUAUUUAACGAGUACCAGUUCAGCGUGGACCAACUCAUGGAGCUGGCUGGCCUGAGCUGCGCCACAGCCAUCGCGAAGGCGUAUCCUGCCGCGGCCAUGUCCAAGAGCCCCCCCGCUGUCCUGGUCAUCUGUGGCCCGGGGAAUAACGGAGGAGAUGGCCUGGUCUGUGCCCGACACCUCAAACUCUUUGGUUACCAACCAACCAUCUAUUACCCCAAGAAACCUAACAAACCGCUCUUUACUGCACUGGUGACCCAGUGUCAGAAAAUGGACAUCCCUUUCCUCAGUGAAAUGCCUUCAGAGCCCAUGAUGAUUGAUGAGCUCUAUGAGCUGGUGGUAGAUGCUAUCUUUGGCUUCAGCUUCAAAGGCGAUGUUCGUGAGCCAUUCCGCAGCAUCCUGAGUGUCCUGCAUGAACUCACUGUGCCCAUUGCCAGCAUCGACAUUCCCUCAGGAUGGGAUGUGGAAAAAGGAAACUCUGGAGGGAUCCAACCAGACAUGCUCAUCUCCUUAACAGCACCCAAAAAGUCUGCCACCCAGUUUACUGGUCGCUACCAUUACUUGGGGGGUCGUUUUGUACCACCUACCUUGGAAAAGAAGUACCAGCUGAACCUGCCACCCUACCCCGACACUGAGUGUGUCCUUCGUCUGCAAUGAGGGAGGCAGGCCUGGAGCAGCAUCUCAUCAGUCAGACUGUGGGGGGCACAUGAAGAGUUACAGAUCUGGUGGAAGGGCUCAGCCUCUCCUCCCCUC